CUUGACUUGACUUGACUUGUCUGGUCUUUGUCUUGUCUCUCAUCUCUCUUUUCCUUUUUCUUCUCCUUCUCCUUCUCCUUUCAAUUCUCCCUGAGCGUUCAUCCAGUCGUUCACUCCUUCGACUUCUUUCUACUCGAGCCUUUUUUUCAACUCUCAUGAACCCUUGCACGUUGCAGAUGUGCUAGUCUGACCCUGGUGGCUCUUUGCUCUCAAUUCUCCCUUCUCGUCGUUUUUGCUCUGCCAGUUGCAUCGUCGGCCUAUCGCUAUGGCUGCUAAGCCAGUUAGACUGUCCAACCUUAACCAUGCAGCCGGCAUUUUCGCCGACAUGUCCGUCGACGGCCCGGCCAUUGGGACUCUGGUCGCCAUCGUCGACCGUGCAAAGAAUCUUCCCAACCGCAAGACUAUGGGGAAACAAAACCCAUACUGCGCAGCACGUCUCGGAAAGGAAGCGAAGAAGACCGAUACGGAUUUGCGUGGUGGCCAAACCCCGAAAUGGGAUCAAGAGCUCCGAUUUACUGUGCACGAAUCCCCCGACUACUUCAAAAUGAAAGUCUCUGUUUUCAAUGAUGACAAGCGAACCGACCUUAUUGGCGAAACCUGGGUUGACCUGAAAGACUUGAUCAUCCCCGGAGGCAGUCAGAGUGACCAGUGGCACCCACUGCAGUUUCGAGGAAAGUAUGCCGGCGAAAUUCGACUUGAAAUGACGUACUACGACACGAGACCUGAGGAUGAGGCGGUCAUUGAACGGAGGACGCACGUUGUGGACAAGGUAGUCACCAAAAAUAGCAGUAGCCCCGCCCCAGUUGGUUCGUCAUCUCUUGCAGGGCCACGCCAACUGAAGGAGGUCAAACGGCGGCCGCUGCCCGUCGAUCCUGCAGGGAGCACUGCAUCCCGCCCUGCGCAUCCAGAGAAAUCCCAACCCGCACCAGCUCCUGUUCCCGUCCAGCCCCAUCCGCCCCGGCCCGCUCAAUAUGACAACAUCCCCACCCCCCCUUCGAGCUCUGGAGCAGACUAUGUCCGCCACUCCCCUCGACACCAAGACCCUGGGUACGAUACACCGCUACAUGCAGUGCCACCUCAGGGUGUGCGCCCGACAAGGAAUUAUGAAACCCCAGACGACUUCCAAAGGGAAUGGAACCCUCCAGCUCAGGCGCAAGCUCAAGGUCCCCCCAGGCGUCACCCACAGGAGCAUCACUACUCUUACCCAGAGAGACCGGCGGAACCCCAGGAGACACGUUCUUAUCACUCAAGGCCGCAGUCUGGAUACGACAACGCCCCAUCUGCUGACUACCGAACUAUGAGACAAGACUUACCUGCUGGUCGACAGGAAUCCUACCACUCUGAGCCCGCGGAUAUGUAUGCCCCCGUUCAGCAUGACCUUCCGCGGCCAAGCAGUCAUCACCACAACCAACCAUACCCUGCGCAGGACCAAUAUGGGUACGAUCCCGACGAGAUUCAGCAACCCCAGGCUGUUCGUUACCAAUCUCAUGCCUCAGGCAGUAUGUCCAGUCGUCAUAAGAUCGAGUACCCUCAAGAUGAUCCGGGAAUGGCAUCAGGAGAGCCCGAGCGUCAUUACCGUCCCCACAGCAACUCGCUUCCCAUGAGAGGUCGCAGUCCGGCCCGUCAUCCCGUCAGCCGUGAGAGCUACCAUGCAGAAUACGCCGCGAUGCAACCCCGAGUGGAAGAUGAAGAAGAGGAAGGGCCUCCUCCCCCUCCUCCCGUCCACCGGUCAGGAUUGGUUCAGAGUAGCCAGCAGUUAGUACCGUCACCAACUCCUUCGUACAAAGCUUACUCCCCAGAGUACUGCCAGUCCCCGCGAACAUCCCACGAGGUGAAUUUGUCCCAGCCCUCACAGCUGAUGCUCGAGGAGGACCGAUUCCAAGACCUGCCUCUCCCCACGGACGGACCGGCUAUGCCGCCAAGCCUAGUCGCUGGGCUGGAUCCAUCGAUUGCGGACGCCGAGUCUGACCGGACCGCUCAUGAAAUCCAAGCACGAAGACGCAGCGGAAUUUUCGAAGAGAAGGCGCUUGUCAGAGCGAACCGCGGCUCGUCGCCUAUGUUGCCCCCUUAUCCCACAGACAUCACAACACCACCCCUGGAAGAACGUCGCCGGUCAUUUGUGGGCAGAGGGUCGAUAAACGCAGACAACUCUCCGGCACAGCAUGUGGAAGAACGCCGCCGCUCGUUUGUAAGUAGAGGGCCGAUGUACGUAGAGAAUACCCACCACCAGCUUGUCUCUCGAAAGUCAGUCAGUCCCCGACCGCCGCCGUCUAGAGGACAGGAAAGUUCUCUAGUCCCUUUCUCCCCGGACUCGUUCGAUGCGUUCAACCCAAAUGCAGCGCGUUCAGCAGUUACACGAGACCCUGCACCAGCGUACGAGAGCCCAGCAGAAGCGAUGGAGGCUGCUAGGCGGACAGAAGCGGAGGCCUCCCGAAAACCCGGACCAAUUAUCGGCGAUGAUGGCCGCGAGAUUGAUCCUUCUGACCACCUUCCUACCGACACAUGGGCACCGGAGCCAGAUCGGAAAUCACGAAAGCCGGGGGUGAUUGUCCGCUUCCGCAAUGCGCCUGCCAGGACAAGUCGAAUAGGCCCUCCAGCCCCUCAAGAAUACUCCCCAGGCCGUACGACGACCACGACGACGACGACGGCGGCAGCAGCAGCAGCAACAACAACAACAGCGGACUGGAAUAGACGUCCUAUGUCUUCUUACAUGCCUGGCGCAGAUCCAAUGGAUCGCACGUCUCCUCGAGCAGACUUCAAUCGCGGGCGAGAAGGGUACAGAGGCAACCCUAGUCACGCACGGACAUAUAGCACGCCGAACGGUACACCUUCACCCCGAGCACCGCGUCGAAACUCGGUGUCUCCAUCGCCAUCGCCAUCGAGCCUUUACGCCCCUCCUAAUAUUGGCCCGCCGAUUCCAGCCAAGGUGCCUAUAGGGGCACCGACGGGGAAUGUCCCAGGACCAGUGGGACGCAGACGACCGAUGGACGCGCUGAGUCGGGAACUGAACGCGAUUGACAUUGGAUCGGUCGGGUGUAGUUCGGGGCGAGCGAUGCGAAAGUACGUCCCCAAGACAGUGACGGGGUAUGCACUGUAGAGGCAAUUUAAAGGUGGGGAUCAAGGCACAUAAGUGGACACAUAGGUAUGGGCAAAAAAGCAUUGCAGGGCAAAUUGAUUGAAUAGGAAUUGCAUAACGAUAGAGGGCGUUGUUGAGGUUCUUUGUUGUACUAUAUAUGAUUCAUGCUUUAUGACAAUGAAUUGUUUGCUCUAGCUUUGAGUGAAGAC